AUGAUGGACAACAAGCCGUCCCACACGCCGCCCUCACCACCGGAGUCGCCGCCAGAGGUGGAGCAAGAGACAGUUCGCAUCCCCCUCUCCUCUCUCGAUCCGGACGUGGACGGAAACGGCGAUGUCUCCCACGCCGAGAAGAAGAUCCACGGCUGCCUCCUCGCCGCCGACAAGGACGGGAACGGCUGGCUCUCGACCAAAGAGUUCUACUCCGUCCUCUCGGGCUUUUUGUCGGCGGAAAAGAAGCGCGUCCUCUACAAGAAGCUGGCCAUCUUUUCCUUGGUCGGCUGCGUCAUCCUCGCGUGCACCACGCUCGGCACCUCGACUGCGGCGGCGGUGCUCGCGAAGGAGUCCUUUGUCAGCGAGACCCUGAUGGUCGAUGCGGACGGCAAGGUGGUCGCGGUGGCCAAGGCGGAGACGAGCUUGCCGCUCCUUGUCGCGCCGGUUCUCUCGCCCGAGCAGCUCGCGUCGAUCGAGAAGAUGACGGUCACCUACAAGAGCGACGGGGCGCCAGACGGCGGCAAAAAUGAGACCGUGCAUGCCUCGCUCUCCAUCAGCCACGUCAAGCGCUUCUCUAAGACUCGCGUCACCUUCGAGCUUGCCUUCCCGGGAGGGCUUGUGCAGGUCUGGGACGGCGCCGCGACGUAUACUGACGCGGAGGCCCUCGAGCACAACCUGUGCUUCGCCAAGGUGGGAUGCGCGGCCUUCUCCGUUGACGACGCGGGCGAGGCGGAAAAGCUGGUGGCGGAGGCGGAAGAGGCGCUCGCGGCUGCCGGGCUGGAGGGUCGGCGCUUAGGCACAAGCACGUCUGACCUCCGAGCCACGGUCGAAGGGCUGCUCGGGUUGCAGGCGGGCGAGAGUUUCACUCUGAAGGAUGCGAGGGACGGCGCCGUUGUGGCCCUCUCCCCGGGCCUGCCUUCUGGCCUUGUGCUUGACGUCGCCGUCAGCGGAAACGGCGUCGGCGCUGGCAGCAGCGGCGCUGCUGGCCCCUCUGCCGCACCCGCGCCAGGGUAUACCGAGGAGGUCGUGAUCCAGUACAAGUUUGCAUCAUGCAAGACGGCUGUCAUAGAGCCGGAUCAGUUCGUCGGAACUCUCGACGUGCCGAUGCUGCGGGACCUGCGCACCGGACUCUGCAAGUUGGCGCCAGGGGCCACAGACGCCAACGGAGCAUACGGCGACACCGAGCUUUCAGAGGAGGCCUCCACGUGGGAGUUCACGGCCACAUUCGCUCGGCCUGACGAGGGAGGGCCGAUCAGCUCGCUCAAGCUUGGCCUCGGACUGGAAUCCUCGGAGCGGAGGCUCGUCGCGGUUCAUGACGCCGGCACGGAAGAGUUUGUGUGCGACUUCUCCACGCCGAGGAAGACGGUGCGCCUCAAUGCUUGGGAGAAAAAUCAGGGUGGUGUUCUCUGCGCCUACGCCUUGAUCGACAUCCCCGAGGUCUUGGACCCGGACUACAUCCCCGAGGGCACUCACCCAUCAGACUACAAGGCUACGGCAUACUACAAGGCCAAGUUGUACACCGUGCUCUCGGCAUGGAAGCCGGACCAGAAGGUCAAAGAUCUGCCCCGCUACAAGCAGGACCGCGCGCUCCCCAACUGGGAGGCGCUGAAACUCGUCGUCCUCGCGCGCAACCCGCGCAGGCCAGAACGCUGGGCCGAGAAGGCCGUGUUGCAGUAUCGCCACUUCCUGGCGCUCAAAAAGGAGCACCAAGACUGGGACUCCAAGCUCUUCUCGCCCUCUGGGCCGCUGGACACGGUGUGGCAUGCCCACCUCAGCUUCGUUGAGCGGUACCAGCGCGACAUCCUCGCAUUCACGGGAGGCCACCUCAUCGAGCACUCUCCCGUCUUGGGCGGCGAGGCGAAGGACCGGUACAGCGCCGCCUAUAAGGAGCACCGCGAACGCAUGCGGCAAAGCGGUGAGCAGGUGGACGCCGAGUUUUGGCCGGCGCCGUCAAGCACGAAGGGGAAUGGCAAGAGCACAUUUCACGUCCCACACGAUGGCGAUUCUGGCGACGAGCUGAAGCUGUGGGACGAGGGUCCCCAGUGCGGCUAG